AUGAGCGUGGGAGGUGGGGCGGCACUCGCUGCUCAUGGGGCAGAGGCGCCGCUGACGGCCAAAGCGAUCAUGCGUCAGUCGGGUCGAGCUUUCUUGCGCACUCCGCCGAGUCAGCAGCUACCAUCCGCUGCAAGCGGUAGAGUGCACAGGUCGGCCAUCGGCUCUGCCGAACACUACGAACGUCGAGAAAAUUUCCGGCAUGGAGGCGGCAUCCCUAAUUAUUUUUUUUUCCUCCAACCCGUGACCGACGGAAUGCGAAAAUGUCCGAAUGCGCUUCGGGCUGCUGCUCCCGUAGCUGCUGCCCCCGUUCGAGCAACAACAAAUUCGGGUCGACCGACGCAGCAGGGUCUCGAGAUCCAUGCUCAAGGAAGCGCCGAGAGCAAUCGCAUGCGCGGUCAUCUGAGCGACAUGCGGGCAAUACCGUUCUCCAGCGAGCUUUCGCAGGACUUCAAAAGCCAUCGUUCCGACAAGCUCAACCUCCUGCGCCUUGGUCGCGCUGUUCUUGGUUGUGCCGUGGUCGUCACGAUGGGCUCCACCGCAGCUGGCGGCCCCAGGCUCGUAGAGGUACAGACCGCGCGAUUCGGACUAAGCGGUGUGGAGAUGGGCGCAGCAGCAGUUGGCCAUGGGAUUUCCUCUGGACCCGUGACACACGUCGCGCUGGAAAUCGGCUCCAGCCUGCCUCGGGACAAGUCGAUGCAUUGCCAACAGAAAGACCAUGCCAAGCACAGGCAGAAGUUCCUCUAUGGCCGUGCAGCAACAUGGGACGAGGAGAGUGGUUCUGCCGGUCAGCGACGCGCUUGA